CUAUUGUACCUAUUUAUCCAUAGAUAUAAUUUAUAUAGAUUUUAUUCGGGGAAUAACCCUCUGUCGAUUUCUGUUGGGCUAUGUGGUUUUGUUUAUAUACAACUUUUUUCAUGCUAAACUGAGGACACUUAUUUAGAACUAAAAUUAAAUUGUUUCCUGGAUUCCUGAAUUUAUCUCGUGUAGUAUUAUGUCACGAUAAUAAUUACACAACCACAGUUGAAAUGUUGUUGCAGAAAAUUAUUGCGAAAAUGGAUUCAUACGUGCGGCCACCGGAUCCUUUGUCUGGAGAUGGUGAUAUGGUUCAAAAUUGGGAUAGAUGGAGAAAAGAUUUUGUUAUAUAUCUGAAAGCGAGUGAUUAUGCAAAAAAGUCUGGGGACAUACAAGCUUACCUCUUGAGAUCUCACAUAGGAAAAGUUGGUCAAGAUGCUAUAGAAAAAAUUUUUCCAAAGAACUCAACAGAGAGAGAUAGAGUAGAUGUAUUAUUAAAUAAACUUAGUAACUACUUUAAUCCCCCUAAAAAUGAAGUGAUAGAACGAUAUAACUUCUUCACCAGAGUUUGGAAACCACAAGAAUCUAUCGAGGAUUAUAUUGAGGAUUUAAAACAAAAGGCAGCAACUUGUAACUUCGGAAAUAUGAAAAACAGUUUAAUCAGAGACAAAAUAAUUGCUGGUUUCAAAGAUAAAAAUCUUAGAAAAAAGCUUUUUGAAACAACAAACCUUGACUUGCCAAAACUAAUAGCAAUUCACAAUGAACACAAAAUGUCUCUUCAAGAAAAAGCUCAAACUAAUAAGAAGGACACUACUAGUGCUAAAACUGUUGAAGCUGUUGCAAGUAGUAGUGGUAAUAAUCAUAAUACAAAAAAAAUGACCACACAAAAUCAGCAGUCAUAUAAUCCGGAACAUAAAAGAAACUGUUGGAGAUGUGAACAGAAGCAUUCUAUCAAAUCUUGUCCUGCUUGGGGAUUUAAAUGUCAGAGAUGUAAUGAACUUCAUCAUUUCACCUUCUGUUGCCGAAAUAAAUUCCAGGUACAAACAAAUACAAAUCUACCAAACUCAAACCAGUAUCAGCAAAACCAAUACCCGCUUCCGCUUAUACAAACUAACAAUGUGCGACCACCAACUUACCACAACACUUCACCACCAGCUUACUACAACACUCCACCACCUAUGGUCCCUAGUGCUCCACCACUACCUCCUCGUCAACCAUAUUAUCCGAAUUUGAACAAAAAUUCGAGUUCACAGUCAUGGCCAUGGGCUGAACAACAAAAUAUGAGAUCAAAAGAAAUCUUCCAAAAAAGUGAAACAUCAGAGUCUACAGAUAUUCCACAGAGCACAAAUAGUACAAAACAAUCAAACUCAACUAAUAACAGCAAAACAACUACUAAUAAAGAGGCUAAUACGAUAGAUGAUAAAUGCAAAGUAUCAUAAGCAUAUUUGUUAAAUCUUAAUCGGCUGGGAAGCAAUUCUUUAUAAUCAAGAGUGUUACCGAUUCAAUUAUGGUUUUGUUUACAACUUUACGAUUAAUUUGUUCAUCUUUGACGUUUAAAAUUAUUUUUAAGAAAAGUGUAACAGUAAACACAUUUUAUAGUAUUAUAAUAACAGUAAAUAAAUUUUAAUUUUGUUACAAAA